AUUUUCCCCACUUUUCCAUGUUUGGUGAACAUAAGAAAAAUGAGUCAAAGGAAACUCAAUUCUGGUCAAAGGGAAAAAAGAAGUUUUAUGAGAGGAAAGUGUUUUCUUUUCUCUAUUCUAAGGAAAACACUUUCCCAUGAAGCACCUUUUCUUUGCCUCGUCUUCAUCUCCAAAAUCUCUGUUAGCCUUUUCAGCGAUAAUAUUCACACUAGCAAACCACUUUCCAACAUCAAAAUGGGAAAAGUUGUUUCACUUGCAGAGGCUGCCAAAGGGUCAUUUGUCUUCCAGCAGGGGAAGCCAUGCCCAUGUCAAGCCCGUCAGCAUAGACUGAUGAGUAAUUGCUUAUCCUGUGGCAAGAUUGUCUGCGAACAAGAAGGAGAGGGGCCUUGCAGUUUCUGCGGCGCCCUUGUGUUAAAGGAAGGAAGUACGUAUGAUGGUCUUGAAGAAAGCACGGCUCCUACAUCUGAUGCUAAAUUUGCAGCUGAGGCUUAUGCUAAAAGGCUUGUGGAGUAUGAUCGAAAUUCUGCAGCACGUACAACUGUUAUUGACGACCAAAGUGAUUACUAUGAGAUAGAAGGCAACAAUUGGCUAUCAAAUGAGGAGAAGCAACUCUUGAGGAAGAAACAAGAGGAAACAGAAGAAGCAGAACUGGCUAAGAGAAGUAAAGUGGUUGUGACUUUUGAUUUGGUUGGACGCAAGGUAUCGAAUUUUUAGCAACCAGGCUUUUUUGUGUCAUUUCAAAUAAUUCUCGUUUCCCCAUUCCUGUAAAAAAUCCUUGUUGUUGCAGGAAGCUUUUUGCUUCAAAUUUUAAAUAGUGGCACAAUUAUGACUGUUCCUGCUUUUGACAUCCUUUGCUUAUUUUUUAAAAGCUUUGACUGUAAUUUUGAUGCAAUUAUAUUCAAGUAAAUAUGACCCCAAUGACAUAUUCCAUUAA